AUCCAGCCAAUAACAGCAGAAGGUGUAGAUCUUCUGUUUUGGUGUGUGUGGAUCAGUGUGUCUCUGUGGUGAAGAUGUGAUAUCAACUGAUGAUAACUGACUGUGCUGAGAUCUCACUCUGGUUUACUGCAGUCUGUGUCUCUGUCUCUCUCUCAGGUGUCUACAUUUUCCAGGUUAUGGCUGGCUGUGAAUUGGAUGAUGAGACUGAAGAGAUUACUAGUUUUGUUCAGGUUGGUUAUGAUGGAGAAGACUUCUCAUCAUUUGACCUGAAGACACUGAGAUGGAUCGCUUACAAACCAGAAGCUGUCAUUAUUGAACGCAAGUGGACGAGUUCCAACACUGGAGAGUUGAAGAACUUCCUCACCAGCCUUUGCCCUCAGGGGAUGUACAAGAGUCUGGACUAUGGGAAGAACUCUCUCAUGAGAACAGAGUUUCCCUCAGUGUCUCUCCUCCAGAAGACUCCCUCCUCUCCAGUCAGCUGCCACGCUACAGGUUUCUACCCUCACAGAGCCAAGAUGUUCUGGAGGAAAGAUGGAGAGGAGCUUCAUGAGGACGUGGAACACGGAGAGAUCCUCCCCAACCACGACGGAUCAUUUCAGAUGAGUGUUGAUCUGAACCUUUCAUCAGUCACACCUGAAGACUGGAGGAGGUACGAAUGUGUGUUUCAACUCUCUGGUGCAAAGAACGACAUCGUCACCAAACUGGACAAAAAAGUGAUCAGAACCAACUGGGGUAAGACUGGACUGACCAUCCCCAUCAUCACUGCAGUGGCUGUUUUCAUCAUUGCUGCUUUUGGAGUCACAGUUUACAUAAAGAAGAAAAAUGUUAAGGGUUAUGCAUUUUUGAUGAUGCUGAUCUCAUCACUGGACAAUUAA